GGCUCUCCAUUGUAGCAUCUGCUGUCCAGCACUUCAGCACUGUACGGGCUUUUCUGCCCUUAGAGGAGUCACAGCCCUUGUUAGAUGCUCACGCACUUGCUCCCUCUCCUGCUCCCUCCUCCUCCUCCUUCCAAAGCCCAAGCAGACAGCCGCCUCCCCAGCACGCAGGGCAUAUCCCAGAGCUUACACAGCACAGAGAGGAUAGCUGAGCAGCCGCACGGUGCAGCACCAGAAGCCUGUUUAAAGAUACUGAACUAUGUGCAUGAGGGCAGCAGCUGAAGGCAUGAACUGACUUUCCUAGUUUAUCAGAAAUCUGUAACUCAACUUCUGAAAGAAAACGUGGAGCAGGGAAAUAAAGGAAGACUUGCCAUGGCUUUGUGCAACAAUGGUACAAGAAUGCCUUCUCCACAGGAAGCCGCCAAUGGUUUCCCCCAACCCUGUGCUUCUGGUACUUGGCAUAACGCUGAAGAGGAAUCAAGAACAACGGAGCCCAACCUUGUGAAGAAAGCUCAUCGUGAAAUCUUGGAUCAUGAGCGAAAGAGACGCGUGGAGCUCAAGUGCAUGGAGCUACAGGAGAUGAUGGAAGAGCAGGGGUAUUCUGAAGAAGAGAUUUGUCAGAAAGUGGGAACCUUUCGCCAAAUGCUCAUGGAGAAAGAGGGAGUCCUAACCAGGGAGGAUCAACAUGGCCGCCAGAUAGUUAUUGAAAACCAUUAUAUGGUUCCUGGAGAAGAGAGUGCCACAGAGUAUUCAAUGUACGGAGAAGGUUACACCCUGGAAUGUGAUUGUCACAGUGAUUGGUAUCAGGAUGACAGCACCCACAGAGACUACAGGACAAAAAGAAGGCUAAGUAGCUCGAUGUCACCUCCACCAAAGAAGAGAAAGAAGAAGAAAUCCAGCCACAAAAGGAGCCGAUGGAAUGGUGGCUACAUCACAGUGGGAAGCUGUGAUAGUUCAUCACCGGUGCGGAAAGAGAAGAAAAAGAAGAGUAGUAAAAAGCACAAAAGGGACAGGUCAAAUUCGGGGUCAAGAAAGAAGCGAAGGCACAGAUCAAGGAGCCCCAGAAACAAAAAGAAAGAUAAAAUUAAGGACAGAAAGAGGUCUCACAGUGGGUCAACAACACGCCGAACCCACAGACACAGCAGCUGCAGUUCCCAUAGUGCAUCCCCUUCAUCUGACUAUAGUACCUCCAAGUCACCAUCCAGACAAAGUCCCAAGCACAGGCAAGAUGACCGCAAACCUUCCAGCCAGAGAUCCAGUCGUAGCGUGUCCUCCUCAUGCACUGGCCACAGUCGAUCUGCUACACCACACCAUAAUGGGCAUAAGAGUGGCAAUCACAAUGGUCACCACAGUGAAGCAAUCGGAAACCUUCUAGAGAAGCAUUUGGAUCGGUUCAGUUCAAUGUCUCCUUCAAGGAUUCAUGUAAAAGUUGAGGUGUCACCCAGCCAUUUUAAGGGCAACAACAGGCAUGACAUCAGAAGCCCAAGAUCUGUUUCAUCAAGCAAAGGUGGUAGAUGUUCAUCGGACGAUAAGCACCACCAUCGAUCCAGGUCUGCAUCAUCAGAGAGGCACCAUGGUCGAUCUAGAGCAAGAAACAGGGCACAUAAGACAUCUGCAAACUCAGGAAGCCACACUGGCUAUAGCAGUGACUCUGAGGAAUCAGUAUUAUCCCACACAGUGGGGAUGGACAAAAAUCAUGGCGCGUCCUACAAAAAGAAAAGGGUUCGACAUUGUCGUGGUAGGCAAAACAGCUGUUCUGAAUGUUCACUGAAACAUCUACGACAGAACUCAGACAGAAAGAAAAGUCCAACAAGAAGUACUGGUAAUAGAUGCAGCUCCUGGAGUUCAAGCUGCUCCCCAUCCCGUUCGAGAUCACGUGAGAAGAGGUCAGUAAGAAGCAGAUCCCGGUCUGUGUCUCAGAAGAAGACUGGCAACAGGGAAAAAGAAAGUGAUAACAGAGCACGGCAUAUUGAUACUGAGGCAACCCGGCCCCGUCGUCGCUCCAGAAGUUACUCACCAAUCCGGAAAAGACGCAGGGAUUCUCCUAGUUUUAUGGAACCCAGAAGAAUUACAAGGUUCCUUUUGAAGAUCUACUUCCAGUCAACCGCAUUACAAGUCUGCUUGGUUGUCAUGUGCCCGAAAGCGACCAAUUCCUUACUACCGUCCAAGUCCCUCUUCUUCCAGCUCUCUGAGCAGCUACUCCCACAGUCGUAGCCGAAGCAGAAGUUAUGACAGCUACAGCAGCUACAGUCGAAGCCGGACUCGGAGCCGCACCCCCAGCCACAGUCGAAGCCCCAGCUACAGAAGCAGUUCAGAGAGUGCUGGAUUUUAAGCUGCUGUACAUUUAAAUCCACCCUCGAAAUAA